UUCGUGACGGAGGCGGAGUCUCGGGAGUCCUGGCAGGGCCGCCAUUUUUUGCACAGGGAAAAGAGACUGGUUUUGAAGGGAUCUAAUUUCUAAAAGUCGCCGUUGACUGGGGCUCUAAGGCUUUUUCUAACGGUUUCGAGUCCAUUUUUCGCUACAUUUGAGGAGCCCCAACGUAAAACAACUGGCGCGCAUUUUCUUCAGAAACAGGAAAAGGAACCUUGAGAGAACACGUCUGAAUACAAACAUUUUAAACCUAGGCUAGGAAUCCGCAGUGUGUGUACUGAAGUAUUGUUUUGGUUGUGGAAGCUGCGACUGGGGUCUCACCCAGGUCCCCAUAUUCGCUAUUCAAAGCCUCCAGAGUGGACUUAAAAAGGCCUUGUGGAUGCACUUAGAUGUCUGCAAUGACUGCUGUGGCUGGCAUGCCUCAGUGUUUCGGACUCCCUUUCUCUGGACUCAGUAGGACAAGAACUGAUCAGCAGAGAACGUCAUGAGCAUAGUCAUUCCAGUAGGGGUGGACACAGCAGACACCUCAUACCUGGACAUGGCUGCAGGCUCAGACAGACCAGAAUCAGUGGAGGCCAGCCCCGUGGUGGUGGAAAAGUCCAGCUACCCACACCAGAUUUACAGCAGCUCUUCUCACCAUUCCCACAGUUACAUCGGCCUGCCUUACGCUGACCAUAAUUAUGGGGCGCGGCCCCCACCGACGCCGCCAGCCUCCCCUCCGCCCUCCAUGUUGAUCCGACAGGGAGAAGUGGUUCCCUUCGGUUCCGGGCCCCAAGAUGAAGCGUCUCGGGGCACAACGCUCAGCACCUCUGAAGACAGCAGCUACGGGACCGACAUCACCCGAUGCAUCUGUGGCUUCACCCAUGACGACGGCUACAUGAUCUGCUGUGACAAGUGCAGUGCCUGGCAGCACAUCGACUGCAUGGGCAUCGACAGGCAGAACAUUCCUGAGACCUACUUGUGCGAACGGUGCCAACCGCGACAUCUGGACCGAGAGAGGGCCAUCCUGCUUCAGACCAGAAAGAGAGAGUGUUUAUCUGAUGGGGACACGAGCGCGACGGAGAGCGGAGAUGAGGUUCCACUAGAGCUCUAUUCCACCUUCCAGCACACACCCACCACCAUCACGCUGACCACAGGCCGCCUUGGCAACAAACAGGCUGAUAAGAAGCGCAAAAAGAGUGGUGACAAAGAUCCGCCGGCCUCUUCUGCCCGCGCCAAGAAGGCCUUCAGAGAGGGGUCCAGAAAAUCCUCUAGAGUGAAGGGUGCCGCUCCGGACACGGAGCCAGCGGAGUACCCUUCUAUGUGGGAGAGUAAAAUCAAGACGUGGAUGGAGCGUUAUGAAGAGGCCAGCAGCAAUCAGUACAGCGAGGAUGUCCAGGUGCUGCUGCGCGUCAAAGAGCAAGGCGACGGCAAGAACUUGGCGUACAACACGCACCCAGCCUCCUUCAAACCCCCAGUGGAGAGUCAGGUUCAGAAGAACAAGAAGAUCCUCAAAGCAGUGCGGGACUUGCCUCCAGACUCCCUCAUCAUCGAGUACAGGGGGAAGUUCAUGCUUCGGCAGCAGUUUGAGGCCAACGGUUACUUCUUCAAGAGGCCUUAUCCAUUUGUUUUAUUUUACUCAAAAUUCGACGGAGUGGAGAUGUGCGUGGAUGCUCGCAGCUUCGGUAACGAAGCGCGUUUCAUCCGUCGUUCCUGCACCCCCAACUCCGAGGUGCGGCAUGUCAUUGAGGACGGCAUGCUCCAUUUAUACAUCUAUUCCCUGAGGCCGAUCUCCAAAGGCACGGAAAUCACAAUCGGCUUUGAUUUUGAUUAUGGCAGCUGUAAAUACAAGGUAGAUUGUGCCUGUGUGAAGGGGAACCAGGAGUGCCCGGUGCUGAAGCACAACCAGGAGCCCACCGAGAACCUGAGCGUAAGCGGGAGACGCAGGGGCAGCCGCAAGGACAAGGAGUUGGUCCGAGACGACCCGGGUCAGAACCAGAACGUGGCUCUGGACGGCGAGGGGAAGGGGAAGAGUUUAGGAGACGGAAAGCAGAGGAAACUCUCUCCGCUGCGGCUCUCCAUCUCAAACAACCAGGAUCCUGAGUUAUUUGAGGAUCUAGAAGACAAAACCUCCAUUAGCAAUGAAGUAGAGAUGGAGUCAGAGGAGCAGAUUGCAGAGAGGAGGAGGAAGAUGGCCAACCCAGCCGAGCAGUCCCAUCUCCCUGUCGGGGCGGCUUCAAGCUGGAACGGGCCAAAACUGAAAGAGACUCGAGAGGAGCGGAAGAUGGAGGCAAUCCUGCAAGCCUUCGCCAGGAUGGAGAAGCGGGAGAAACGCAGGGAGCAGGCGCUGGAGCGAAUCGGCAGUGUGAAGAUGGAAGUGGGCGGCCGCAGCGAUAUCAAAGAGGAACCGCCUGCCACGCCAGAAACGGUCGAUUCUCCAGCUGUCAUGCAGCCGCCUCUUGAAAUAAAGGAGGAGCCUGGACUGAAGCCGGCCAAGGUGAAACCGUCUCGGAACAGAAAGAGCUUCUCCAGGAACCGGACUCACAUCGGGCAGCAGCGACGGCGCGCGCGCACCAUCAGCACCUGCUCCGACCUGACGCCCAGCUCUCCAGCCGAACCUGUGGAGCCUCCUGCCACCGAAACGCCAGAAGGAGAGACGCCGAUGGCUCCGGAGCCUGAAGCAAUCCCCUCCCACAUCCCAGAGAGCAGCCCUCCACACAGCAGCUCGCCGGCGCCGGACAGAACCCGCACCGGCAGCAAGAGCUACAAAACUAAAAAGCACUUUGUGAGCGAGUGGGUGGGGGAGAAACAGCAGGACCGCGGCAGCGUCCGAACGCCAGAACCGGUCCCGGACCGGCCGCUGAGAAUAAGCAGCGACCCGGAAGUACUCGCCACGCAGCUGAACGCCUUACCAGGCAUGACCUGCUCUCCGCAGGUGUACAGCACGCCCAAACACUACAUCCGCUUCUCGUCGCCGUUCCUGGCCAACCGCAGCCCGACCACGCCCGGCGUGCCCACCGGGAGGCGCCGUUCCAGGGAGCUGCCGGAAACGCCGCCGACCAGCGGCUCCUGUAAAAAGCGAUGGUUGAAGCAGGCUCUGGAGGAGGAAGGCUCCACCAGCCCUGCCAGACGGCCCAGCCUUUUUCUGCCCGGCGACGGGCCGCUGAGCCCCUCCGUUAACGGAGACUCAGACAGUCCGCUGCUCUUCAACGGCACUUGCUCACUUCCAGAGUUGCCGACUCCCCUGAAGAAGCGACGGCUGAGCCCGCUGGACGCCUGCAUAUCGGAGAGCUCGACGCCGUACGGCUCGCCCUGCGCCACGCCGACCCGGGCGGACCUCUCCGAGCCGUCCGUGGCGCCCGGCCUCCUCACCACCCCGCCCCGCCCCCGGACCGAAGAGCCCGCCGCGGAACCGGCCUCCAGCAAUACCCCGACGCACGCACUUAACGCCCCUCAAGAGACCGAGUCUUCAGAGGAAAACUCACCAGAGGUCAGUCGGAAACCCUCCGUGCAAGAGGCUGAUCGUCCUCCGUCGUUAGCGUCCUCUCCAUGUCACCGAACUCCGGUCUCAGAUGGAGCGUCUUCAGACGUCAAGCUUCCUGUCCCAGAGAGUCCGCAGCUUCCCGCUCCAGAGUCUGUGGACAGCGGAGAGGAGAGGACGGACGCUGUGCUCCCAGACGCCGCCGUCGAGGCUGUUUCGUCUGCAGAUGCCUGCCCUUCCUCCUCCUCCUCCUCCUCCUCUUCCUCGUUCCCGGGCUGGAUCAAAAGCCCAGACAGAGGCCUGGCCGGACCAGCUUGUCUGAACUUCUCCCCGGUCAACUCUAACCUUCGGGACCUCACCCCAUCUCACACGCUGGAGCCUCUGGUGGCUCCUUUCAGGCCGGAGCCGCCAGCCGCUGGGACGCCGGUGGCGGUGGCGGGAACGGCGGCGCUGUCCGGCUCCCAACCGCCGUUCAGCGAGGCGCAACUGUUCUACCCCUGCUCCGAAGAGGGCGGCUCACUCGUCUUCUCCCGGUCGCUGAACGGCGACGGCGAAGGAGGAGGGUCUGCGCAGAACCCACCGCAGAGGAAGAAGGUUUCCUUGCUGGAAUACAGGAAGCGGCAGCGAGAAGCUCGCCGCAGCGGCUCCAAGACCGAGUGCAGCUCUCCGAUUUCCACUGUGCUGCCGCUGGCCAUGGAUUCGUUCCCUGUGGCUCUGGAGACCGCCAGCGAGCCGCCGCCGUGCAGCGCCGCCACCGUGAAGGAGCCUCAGGCCAGCGAGGAGGCCGAGGCGUCUGGGGAGAAGGAGGGCGGCGAAGGCCAGUGGACGUCGUCGACCUCAGUGGAGCAGGCCAGGGAGCGCGGCUACCACAGAGCGCUGCUGCUCAGCAAAGAUAAGGAUGCAGAUGGGGAACCAGAAGGAGGCGACACACCGGCACUACGAGACUGUGCAUCUCCAGUCCUCCAGAAAACUCCAACCCACACCCCAUGCUCUCCUGGUGCUCUCUCCCAGCCUGCCGGUCGGCCGCUAAAGGACGAAGACGGCGACGCUCAGCCGUGGUUGGCGAAUCCCAACAGCAAGCCUGCUGGGCCCAAACCCGCCCCCCUGACCCCGACCAAGCCGCCGCCACCGCCGCCCUCCUCCCCGGUCCACUACCCGAAGCCAGUGCCGCAAGGUUCCCCCUACCGCAGCCAGAGGGCUCUCUUCCCCUCCCAACCUCCCGCCCAGCCGCCGCCUCAAACUGGGCCGGCGGCGUUCCCCCAGUUCGGCACGCAGUCGGCGCCCCCUCCUCCCCCGCCGCCCCCCCCGGCUCCGCCCGCCUCCCCCGCCUACUUCUCCAACCAGAGCCCUGCCCCCGCCGGGCCCUUCGCCGCCUUCAAGCCGGCCGUCGCCCCCUCCUUCCCGCCGCACGGCGUCCACUACCAGGCCGCCGCCGCUGCGCCCCCGCCACCACCCCCUCCCCCUCCUCACCCGACGCUGCUUCACCUGCAGCCACCACAGCUCCUGAUGACCUCACCGCCACCGACACAGCAGGCGGCGGCUCUGACGCCCCCACCGCCGCCACCGCCUCCUCCCCCAGCCUCAAACCCCCACCACUACCAGUUCCAGACGGCCAUGAUGCACCCUGGCGCCGCGGCAACCGCCUCCCCCUCCUACCCGCCGCCGCUGCAGCAGACCGGACUGCCACCACCCCCCCCUCCACCGCCGCAGCAGCCCGCCGCCGCCCAGAUGCCCCCUGGCCCCCGCGGCGCUCCGGCAACCUCGAACUCCUUCCACAGCUCGGGGUACCUGAGCACCGGCUGGCACUGACCUCUGACCCCUGUGAACUGUUCAGCAGGGUGGGGCGUGUACUAUAAGCUGUAGAUACGUUUUUAUGUUUCUGAACACGCGGCCAGUGGAAAAACAGCUGAUUGUGGGGUUAAAGGUCACAUUAAAGGACAAACUCUGGGAAGGAGGAAGAAACUAUAAGAAAAUAAAGAUGGCGGACGAUCCCCCUGGUGCUCAUUGCCCCCCUCUCUCUGGCCUACAUUUCUGAUUUUUUUUAUUUUUGUUUUUUUUUUACAACAUCCUCUCGGAUGGAGAGGAAAAAGUUCUGUUCCUGUUGUAAUUCCCGCUCUGGACAUU